UAGUGCUGUUGUUGCUGCUGCUGCUGCUUCUUCAUUUCAAAAGGAAAUUGUCAAAAUGUAAUAGUACAUUGGAGCUCUCCAUUGAAUAAAAAGGAGGAAAAUUACUAAUUUUAUUCUAAACACCGUGAAUUUAUGCAUCGUGUAAAUUAUCACAUUGUUUUUUGAUGAAGAAAAAGCACACACAUACAUACGAAACAAAACGGACAAAUUUUUAAAGAGAAACUGAUGUGGUUAAAUAAUUGUAAUCUAUUGAUUUCAUAAGUUAUUAAGAAAACCAACAAAAUUUCAUUGAAUUACACUGCAUUCGGGAGUUAAAUUAGAAUUAAGUGAUGGAUAGGAGUCACGGCAGUAGUAAACAUAGUAAAAAACGAAUGAGGAAGUCCAGCAAGAAAUCAAAACGACACCGAAGAUCUCCAUAUUUGGAUGAAUAUGAUUCAAAAUAUGGUAAAUUACGUUCAUCCAAAGAGAUUUUACCCGCUAGCAAACUAGUGGAGUAUUCCGAUGUUAGUUCCGAAGACUUUUCAGCGCCAGAAGCUGGAGAAAUACAGGAUGAGGAUAUUGCCUACUCAUUUACAGAUCGUAAUCGCCAAAACAAUGGCAAUACGAUGAGUCGCAAUAAUCCGUCGUCAGCUACUGGUAGUGUUAUUGAUGUAGACAAUUCAAAACUAUCUUCGACGCCACCUCAACGAAAACUAGAAGUUGGUUCACCUAUUAGCUCAUCAUUAUCAUCACAUUCAAGAUCUAAACAUUCACCUUCUUCAUUUCACGAUGAAGAUGACGACGACAUCAAAUCAGAUGAUUCGACUGAAAUUGAGCGAAAGAGAAAGAAGGCAAAGAAAACAAAAAAGAAAAAGAACAAGAAAAAGAAAAAGAGAAAACGCAAUAAAUCCAUUUCAAGUGUUGAGAAUAUUUCUGAUAAUGAUUCAAUGCUAGAUGAUGAUUUAAAUUUGACACCACCAAUACGAACUACAUCUCCUGCACAAUGGGAAAAACGAUACACACCAAAUCGUACCGAUGUUUUGUCAAAAUCACCAUUGACACCGCCAAUCAGACCCAACAGUAACAUAAGCAUUUACUCAGAUACAGCGCAAAAAUACAUUGCAUCAUCGCCACAUACUCCACCGUUAGUGCCCAGAAAAUCAACAAUAGCCGCAUAUCAUAACAGUCCGAUCGAUGUGGAUGCGAAUUCAAGCGGAAGCCAUUCACAUUCGCAUUCACACUCGCACUAUCGAUCUCCUGGUAAUAAUCGACGAAAUAUGUAUAGUUCGCCUUCGCAUAGUAAUAAAAGAAGGCGAACAGAUCGACCGUAUGAACGACCAACGGACUAUUCGUAUUCGAAACGAAAUACAGACACACAAAAUCAUCGACAUUCGCGUGAACGAAUUUCGGAUACAUACGAUUUAACAUCAUCAUCGUCAUCCCGUAUAUUGCCUUCAAAUCGAAAGCGUCGUCCGCCACACAGUCCAUCACCGGUUCGACCAAGUAAACGACAUUCCCGUAGCCACAGUCCGCGACCAUUUCGUGUUGUUGGUUCACCAGCCUAUUAUUCGUCACGUUCAAAUCGAACCAAAAAUGAACCAUCACCAAGAACAACACGUUCACCAACGCCACCAACACGAAAAUUGGAUAUCAACAAUAAAAUUCCGGAUACUAGCCUAUUUGCUGAAUUAGUCAAAGAUAAACAUAAGCGCGAUAAAGUACUGAAAGAAAUAAAGGACAAACAGGAGGAAAAAUCGGUUAAUUCGGGUGGUGAAAACUCGAACAGUGCUAUUAUGAAUAACAAUAAUUUAGUGGUAAUUGAUACAGUCGAUUCAGCCAGUGUGUCAACAUGUUCAGAUAAAAUCAGCGAUGCACAAACAUCGAAUGGAAUGAAGGAUACAGUGUGCUUAGUUGACAUUCCAAUGCCUAAUGCAGAUGAAAGUCAAAAUGAUAAAAAUACCUCAAAGGAAGUAGCAACGAUAUCGAAUCCAAAUACGACGGAACAAUCAUCCGAUGAUACAAAAACAAAUUCAACGGAAAAAACACAAAGCGAUCUGCACCGACAAUUCAAUCUCAUUUCAGUGCCACCACCUCCACCUCCGAAUGAACCAAAAUCCACAUCUGUUUCAAAUAUUGUGAUAUCUAGCACGCAGCGCACGGAGAUGGUUAAUAAUACAGUCGAUUUAACGCGACAACAAACAAAAUUGGGCUAUCAACAGCAAACACAGUCAGCGGGUAUAACAAAAUCAAAUAGUAUGACCAUAUCAAAGCCAAAAAAUCUAACAAAAUUACCAAUGCCUCCGGGUGUGAAUGUUAAUGAGCUGGAAGAUAUAAAUACGCCAAGUCCGCCAAGUACAAGUCCAGUUAGCAAGCAAUCAAAGGUCAGUUCAGCAAAAGCAGCAACAUCUGGUACAAAUCGAAAGGGAGGACCUCUUACAUUGCCAAUGCCACCAAUGGUACCAGGUAGUGAAGACUUAAGCGGAGAUGAUGACUAUAUCAGUUCUCCAAUAACUAUGGGCCAGUCAUCAAGUUUCAAACAGAACAACACUGGUGCACAAGGAAAUUGCAGCGUUGGCACCAAAAAAGAUGUAAAACGUAAGCGUCCAACAAUUUUGCACCGAAGAAAUUCAAGAAGUCAGACAAUCAAAGAUUGGGGAGAGCGAUGUGUUGAUGUGUUUGAGGUGAUUGCACAAAUCGGAGAGGGUACAUACGGACAGGUAUAUAAGGCCAGAGAUAAUCAAGCAAAAGAAAUGGUUGCAUUGAAGAAAGUUCGGCUGGAACACGAGAAAGAAGGUUUUCCAAUAACUGCUGUGCGUGAAAUAAAAAUUCUUAGGCAACUUAAUCAUAGAAAUAUUGUAAAUUUACGAGAAAUCGUAACUGAUAAGCAGGACGCCCUUGAGUUUCGUAAGGACAAAGGUUCAUUUUAUUUGGUGUUCGAGUAUAUGGACCAUGAUUUAAUGGGUUUGCUGGAAUCAGGAAUGGUUGAAUUUAAUGAAGAGAAUAAUGCAAGCAUCAUGAGACAAUUGUUGGACGGUCUCAAUUAUUGUCAUAAAAAGAAUUUCUUGCAUCGAGAUAUAAAAUGCUCAAAUAUUUUAUUGAAUAAUAAGGGUGAAGUUAAAUUGGCUGAUUUUGGUUUGGCACGUCUAUAUAAUGCAGAAGAUAGACAACGUCCGUAUACGAAUAAAGUCAUAACGCUGUGGUAUCGGCCACCAGAGUUAUUGUUAGGUGAAGAGCGUUACGGACCAUCAAUUGAUGUAUGGAGUUGUGGUUGUAUUUUGGGUGAAUUAUUUUCAAAGAAGCCACUGUUUCAAGCGAACGCCGAAAUGGCACAGCUUGAAAUGAUUUCAAGGUUAUGCGGUACACCAGCACCAGCUGUUUGGCCAAGUGUCAUUCGAUUACCAUUCUUCCAUACGUUGAAACCAAAAAAACAGUAUCGACGAAGACUGCGCGAAGAGUUCAUUUUUAUGCCAGGCGCAGCGCUCGAUUUACUUGACAAAAUGCUUGAAUUAGAUCCAGACAAGCGAAUAACUGCCGAAGAUGCCCUUAAAUCGAAUUGGUUAAAAAAUGUCAAUCCCGAUCAAAUGCCGGCACCGAAGCUUCCGACAUGGCAAGAUUGCCAUGAAUUAUGGAGUAAAAAACGAAGACGUCAACAGCGUGAACAAGAAUCGUUGCAAAAUCUUCCACCUGGAAAAUCACAAACCGGAGGAACUGACGGUACCGCUCCAAAUUAAUUCUAAACAAAACAAAAACAAUUUAAAUAAAAGGAAAACAGCUGAUUUAUACAAUUUAGUAUAUAAGGAAUGUAGAGCGGCAGAAAGGGAAUCGAAUGAUUGUUCACUUAGAGAAAAUUUGAACGAUUGUUUUUUUUAAUAGUGAAACGAAUUGAUUGUAAGCGUUUUAACGGCAAACAAAAAAAUAUAUAAUAAAUCUCGAUUAAUAUCUCGAUAUGUUGGAAUGCUUAAAUCAAUCUUCAGGAUAUAUACAUUUUUUGAUCGAAUACUAAAUCGAAUCUGAUUUUUCUUAUUGAAAAA